CAUCACAAGGGAAAAUAAAGAUCAGAACAACAAACAACCAUCAACAAACAACAAUAAAUAAACAAAUAAAAUGGCAAGAUCAUUUGCUAUCGUUGCUCUCAUUGUUUCAGCUUUUUGCAUCUCAUCUGUCUUGGCAAAUAAAAAAAUUAACUUUCCAGCUACUAAAGGUGAUUUUUUCGUUGUUAAUGGCCAGAUCAUCUGUGAUCCUUGCGCCUUCGGAAUACAGACAAGGUUGUGCAAACCUCUAGAAGGUGUUAAAGUGACUUUAGAGUGCACUAAGGGAGAGAAAAAUGUGACAUUCAAGACAGAGGGUACCACCGACAAAGAUGGUUUCUACAUGAUUGUAUGUAAAGGUAAUCACAAAGAAGACGUUUGCAUGGUGAAACCCGAAAAUAAAAAGGGUACAUGUACACAUUUAAUGGAGAACAAAUCCGCCAUGAUUGUCCCAACCAAGAACGUGGGUCCUGAUUCCGUGGUUCGCAUUCUUAAUACCCUUAUAUUCAGAGAAAAGAAUAUUGCUCCUGAUUGUGAAAGGCUUGAAAACCAGUUUGGUGUGGACAAGCUUUGAUAAAACAAUCAUUCAACUUAUUCGUUAAUCCUAAACGAAAAAUAAAAUAAAGGCCACUUAAUGUUGUGAAAA